AUGCUUGUUCACUUGAAGCUCAACUUCAUUGUGCUUUGCUUCUUCACCUUGUACCUGCUUCUACCAUUCACUCAGUCUACUGAUGUCAAAUAUUGUGGUCAGACAGAGGAAUAUGCUGUGAAGGUCCAGGGAGUCGAGAUAUUGCCUGACCCAGUUGUGAGAGGCAAGCCAGCUACCUUUAACAUCUCGGCCUCAACAGGUCAAGCCAUCUCCAGUGGGAAAGUGGUGAUUGAGGUUUACUAUUUUGGGGUGCGCGUACAUACAGAAACUCAUGAUCUUUGUGAAGAGCUUUCCUGCCCAGUUUCAGCAGGAAACUUUGUGCUCUCUCACACCCAAACUUUACCUGGGAUCACUCCCCCUUUUAAACACUUGCCAAUGGUUCCUGAAAAAGUGAAAAUGGAGGAAUGUAACAGAUGGAUUUAUACCAUUUGGUUCACAAACGGGACAUAA